AUGCUGCAUUUUGUUGAGGUAUGGGAUUGGAAAAAUCCGGAUCUAAAUGUAUUCCUUCGACUUUCGGUGGGCGAUGUAAUCAGGCCAUCAGUACAUUCUGUGGCCCUUUCCGAAAUCGUCUGUUUCAAUUCACCACUGUCGGUAUCGGGAUGGAAGGAAUUAGAUGGAAAACGACAUUUUCAAUUCAUCGAUGAGAAAAAUGGUAUUGCUCUAGCAAUGGAUACGGAUUGCGCGCCCGCGCUACUGGAGACAUUGAUCUUGGAUGCACCUUUUGAUUGUACUGCCAGUUUCAUGGAAAAAGUAAAUGUGUUGGCAACAAGCUUAUUUGUUGCUCGUUCAGCAUUUCUUCCUAAACUAGGUAAAUAUGGCUGUAUCCUGAUGGAACAGACAUUCGAGGGACCAGUUUCUUUGGUCGACUACCAAAAUCUUGAUUUAAAUGUUUCUGCUAUCUGGAAUCGUGCUGGCAAGGUAGAAGUUGCAAGUGUAAUAGUUACUUUCUAUUCACGUUUUGAAAUCGUGCAACGUGAAAUACGCUUAAACAAUGUGAAUGCGCUGGAGGCUGAUCUAGUUAUACAAUCAUCCACAUCUGCUGCUAGCAAAAUAUCAGUUGAAGCUGAUGAUGGAGGUGUUUUACGAUUAAAGAAAAUUAAAUCUGCAUCACGCACUGAAAUACGGUAUCGUGUUCAGGUAUAA